AUGGUCAAUCUGAGGGGAGCAAGGGAGCAACGACUCACGGUCCUUUCGCCCUCCUUCCCCCAGACUCACGGUCCCUUCGCCCUCCUUCCCCCCCGACUCACGGUCCCUUCGCCCUCCUUCCCCCCGACUCACGGUCCCUUCGCCCUCCUUCCCCCCGACUCACGGUCCCUUCGCCCUCCUUCCCCCCGACUCACGGUCCCUUCGCCCACCUUCCCCGAGACUCACGGUCCCUUCGCCCUCCUUCCCCCCCGACUCACGGUCCCUUCGCCCUCCUUCCCCCGACUCACGGUCCCUUCGCCCUCCUUCCCCCAGACUCACGGUCCCUUCGCCCUCCUUCCCCCAGACUCACGGUCCCUUCGCCCUCCUUCCCCCCGACUCACGGUCCCUUCGCCCUCCUUCCCCCGACUCACGGUCCCUUCGCCCUCCUUCCCCCCGACUCACGGUCCCUUCGCCCUCCUUCCCCCAGACUCACGGUCCCUUCGCCCUCCUUCCCCCAGACUCACGGUCCCUUCGCCCUCCUUCCCCCCCGACUCACGGUCCCUUCGCCCUCCUUCCCCCCAGACUCACGGUCCCUUCGCCCUCCUUCCCCCCCGACUCACGGUCCCUUCGCCCUCCUUCCCCCGACUCACGGUCCCUUCGCCCCUCCUUCCCCCCGACUCACGGUCCCUUCGCCCUCCUUCCCCCCAGACUCACGGUCCCUUCGCCCUCCUUCCCCCAGACUCACGGUCCCUUCGCCUCCUUCCCCCCGACUCACGGUCCCUUCGCCCCUCCUUCCCCCGACUCACGGUCCCUUCGCCCUCCUUCCCCCCGACUCACGGUCCCUUCGCCCUCCUUCCCCCAGACUCACGGUCCCUUCGCCUCCUUCCCCCAGACUCACGGUCCCUUCGCCCUCCUUCCCCCCGACUCACGGUCCCUUCGCCCUCCUUCCCCCAGACUCACGGUCCCUUCGCCCUCCUUCCCCCCGACUCACGGUCCCUUCGCCCUCCUUCCCCCCGACUCACGGUCCCUUCGCCCUCCUUCCCCCAGACUCACGGUCCCUUCGCCCCUCCUUCCCCCAGACUCACGGUCCCUUCGCCCUCCUUCCCCCCGACUCACGGUCCCUUCGCCCUCCUUCCCCCAGACUCACGGUCCCUUCGCCCUCCUUCCCCCCGACUCACGGUCCCUUCGCCCUCCUUCCCCCAUACUCACGGUCCCUUCGCCCUCCUUCCCCCAGACUCACGGUCCCUUCGCCCUCCUUCCCCCCGACUCACGGUCCCUUCGCCCUCCUUCCCCCCCGACUCACGGUCCCUUUGCCCUCCUUCCCCCCGACUCACGGUCCCUUCGCCCUCCUUCCCCCCGACUCACGGUCCCUUCGCCCUCCUUCCCCCAGACUCACGGUCCCUUCGCCCUCCUUCCCCCCGACUCACGGUCCCUUCGCCCUCCUUCCCCCAGACUCACGUUCCCUUCGCCCUCCUUCCCCCCGACUCACGGUCCCUUCGCCCUCCUUCCCCCAGACUCACGGUCCCUUCGCCCUCCUUCCCCCCCGACUCACGGUCCCUUCGCCCUCCUUCCCCCCGACUCACGGUCCCUUCGCCCUCCUUCCCCCCGACUCACGGUCCCUUCGCCCUCCAUCCCCCCGACUCACGGUCCCUUCGCCCUCUUUCCCUCCGACUCACGGUCCCUUCGCCCUCCUUCCCCCCGACUCACGGUCCCUUCGCCCUCCUUCCCCUAGACUCACGGUCCCUUCGCCCUCCUUCCCCCCGACUCACGUUCCCUUCGCCCUCUUUCCCUCCGACUCACGGUCCCUUCGCCCUCCUUCCCCCCGACUCACGGUCCCUUCGCCCUCCUUCCCUCCGUUGA